UCACGUAGCUAGCUUGCUAGCAGGCAGCUAGCGAGUGAACCGGGAAAAGGGAACCGGACAGAGAUAGCUUUGCAACAGAUACGCCUUGAUACGCCCGUGGCAUCUAGUCAUGUCGGAGAGCAGGAGCUCAGAAUCGUCCGGAGAGCAGGCGUGUAGAGCCGGCACCAACAACGAGGAUCCACGUGUGGCCGCUCCAAAUGUUGGCAAUAAAGUCACCGUGGUGCUGGGUGCUCAGUGGGGCGACGAAGGGAAAGGCAAAGUCGUGGACCUGCUGGCUCAGGACGCCGAUAUCGUUUGCAGAUGCCAGGGUGGAAACAAUGCAGGCCACACCGUGGUGGUGGACUCGGUGGAGUACGACUUCCACCUACUGCCCAGCGGCAUCAUCAGCCCCAGGGUGACGGCCUUCAUCGGUAACGGGGUGGUCAUCCAUCUACCAGGGCUUUUUGAAGAGGCAGAGAAAAACCAGCGCAAGGGGAAAGGUCUGGACGGCUGGGAGAAGCGUCUGAUCAUCUCAGAUAGAGCUCAUAUCGUGUUCGACUUCCACCAGGCCGUCGACGGGGUGCAGGAGCAGCAGCGACAGCAGCAGGAGGGAAAGAAUUUAGGGACAACGAAAAAGGGCAUCGGGCCAGUUUACUCUGCCAAAGCUGCGCGCAGUGGACUCCGGAUAUGUGACCUCCUGUCUGAUUUCCAGGAGUUCUCCGAAAGAUAUAAAAUUUUAGCCCGACAAUACAAGGCCAUGUACCCAACGCUGGAGGUGGACAUCGACGGGGAGCUGGAGAAACUGAAGGUGUACGUGGACAGGAUAAAGCCCAUGGUGAGAGACGGGGUCUACUUCAUGCACGAGGCGCUGCACGGCCAGCCCAAGAACAUCCUGGUGGAAGGAGCCAACGCCGCCCUUUUGGACAUCGACUUUGGGACCUACCCGUUUGUGACCUCAUCAAACUGCACGGUAGGAGGGGUGUGCACGGGCCUGGGCAUGCCCCCGCACAACGUGGGAGAGGUUUUCGGCGUGGUCAAGGCCUACACCACCCGGGUGGGCAUCGGAGCCUUCCCCUCCGAGCAGAACAAUGAAAUUGGGGAACUCCUGCAGAGCAGAGGCAGGGAAGUGGGUGUGACCACAGGGCGAAAGAGGAGGUGUGGCUGGCUGGACCUGGUGCUCGUCAAAUACGCCCACAUGAUCAACGGCUUCACUGCCAUAGCUCUCACCAAACUGGACAUCUUGGAUGUAUUGACUGAGAUUAAAGUUGGUGUGGCCUACAAGGUGGACAAUGGGAUGAUACCUUACUUCCCAGCCAAUCACGAGAUCCUGCACAAGGUGGAGGUCCAGUACGAGACCCUUCCGGGCUGGAACAGUGACACAUCCGGUGCCAGAACCUUCGAGGAGCUUCCGGAAAACGCACAGAGAUACGUCCACUUCAUUGAGAAGCACCUGGAGGUGCCGGUGAAGUGGAUCGGUGUCGGAAAGUCACGGGAGUCCAUGAUCCAGCUCUUCUGAGGGCGGAAAAGCCCCACCACGCCAGUCCCCGGCUGAGGUCACGGGGUCAACAGAGGUCACACUGCAAGUGCGGACACUUUCCAAGGUGGAAAUUUCUAGAUUUUUGGACAGCAACGGAACCACAGUGCACCAGCUGGGAUUACCCUGGAAGCUGUGGCCAGUUGUGCUCUUUGGUAGAUAAUGCUGUUCUUUACUGCUCCCAGGCAGACAGACCUGUGGAGAUGUGUGGGAGAAGGACAAUACUCCCCCUGCCUCUCUCUCUCUCUCUCUCUCACUCUUUCUCUCU